GCGGGAACUUUGCGAAAGGGUGCACCAUUCCUCAAGUUACUUCAGGCUGAAUGGGAAGAACCAGUCACCGUUUCAUCAGACUUGGCAUCAGCAUUGCGUUCUUUUGGCCGGAGUAAGCGGUGCAAUGUCCGGUAGCUGGUGGAGCAGCGCAGCGGUGACCCACGGACUGGUGGCCCUGUUCGCCAUGGGCUCCUGGGUUUCCGUCAACAGUCUGUGGGUCGAGCUCCCGGUGAUUGUCAACGUGCUGCCCGAAGGAUGGAACCUGCCCGCCUAUCUCUCAGUGCUGAUAGCGUUUGGGAACGUCGGUCCGAUAGCAGUGACCGUCACGCACCACUGCGCCCCGGGGCGUUUGAACGAACGCCUCGUCAUCCACUGCGUCCAGGCGCUGGCAGUCGUGGCGUCCGCUCUCCUGGCCGUCUUCUGGUCACACACUGUCACGAUAGCCGGAGGUGAAAGGUCACUGUUUUUCCUGCUCUUCACCUUUGUGCUGUCCUUGGUCUGCUGUACCUCCAACGUCACCUUCCUGCCCUUCAUGUUCAGUUACCCCUCUCAGUACAUCCGUACUUUCUUCAUUGGUCAGGGCUUCAGCGCCUUGUUCCCUUGCAUUGUGGCUUUGGGGCAAGGCGUUGGCAAGCUGCAGUGCCCAACUGUGAAUGGCACGGUGAAGCCGGAAUAUUUGAAGGAGAACUUUCCGGCGCAGAACUUCUUCUGGUUCUUGUGCGUCAUGCUGUCCAUCUCGGCUCUGAGCUUCCAGGCUUUGAUGCAGCGGCAGACGAAGUCGCAGGAAAAUGCACCGCAACAGGAGGCGGACAACGCAGCAGCAAAAAACGGAGAGGAAACGCACCCGCUGCACAACGGAGGGACGCCGGUGUCUGAAGAUCAGGUGCAGGUGGAGGAACAGCCGCAGACAUUUUGGACACGGCGGAACAUUUACCUGCUGUCGCUGCUCGCCGUCUCCAAUGCCCUCACCAACGGGGUCCUGCCGUCCGUGCAGAGUUUCUCCUGUUUGCCCUAUGGGCCUGUGACCUUUCACCUCUCCGUGGUCCUUGGCAACAUAGCCAACCCACUGGCCUGCUUCCUCGCUAUGUUUGUUGUCCUGAGGUCCUCUACUGGUCUGGGCCUCUUGUCUUUAGCAGGAGGAGUAUUUGCUGCAUAUCUCAUGGCGUUAGCAGUACUCAGUCCCUGCCCUCCACUUUUGGGAACCUCUGCUGGCGUGGCCUUAGUGGUCAUCUCUGGGAUAAUUUUCACCGGACUCUACUCCUACCUGAAGGUGGUGAUUGGGACUUUGCUGCACGAGGCGGGUCACGCCGCCCUGCUGUGGUGCGGCAUCUCUAUCCAGGCCGGCUCCCUUAUCGGAGCCCUCACCAUGUUCCCUCUGGUGAACGUCUAUCCCGUGUUCAAGCGGGCUCAGGAAUGUGUGAAUAACUGCACUUCCCCACACAUAACUUAGAUAUGUCAUAUCAUUCUGAUGUUUUUUUUAGAGACACGUUUCCCAUUCAUUCGACACGGGAAAUGACUGCUUUAACCCAGUUGUUGGGGCUCCAGAAGAACCAGAUCCUUCUUGGCCUCAGAUCGGCCCUGUUCUGAUUCAGAGGCCUCGGAGCAUGAGAAAACAUUCCUUGAUAAUGGAAGCAUUGUUAUGCUGCACAUUGGCCAAGGGGAACCAAAAUACAUAUGAUGUAGUAAUACCACAAGUGCUUUGUGUGUUUUUUUGAAUCUCUGUGGCAAAAACAGCAGCUGAGGGAUUGGUUAAAAGAAAGGAGAAAAAAAAGUACUCAGGGACACAAUCCAUAACUUCAUCCACAUUGGUUGCUCAAUCUAAUUAAUGAGAAAUACUCGCACUACUAGUUCCAAACUGCAGAUAGUUCUGUCACAGUACCUAAUUUCUUUGGACUAUAUAUAUAUAUAUAUAUAUAUAUAUAUAUAUAUAUAUAUAUAUAUAAUAUAUUCCUACAAAUAAUUGAGAUUAAUGCUAUUAUUGUCUAAGUCAAUUUUCUGCCACUGAUAUAGUGAUAAUAUAAAAUCUUAAUAGUGCAAGCCUAAUGUAAUUAUUGUGACAGGCCUAACUACUCAAGAAUGGAAAGUAGUGUUUUUUUUUUUCAGUGUCUAUUUUCAAAUGUUUGUCUACCUCCUUUGUCAGCGAAUAACAUCAUUUAAUUUCUUUAGUUGACUCAAAACGCAAAAAAAGAAAAGUGUAUGAUUUGUAACCAAACAUACAGUUCAUAGAUGCAGUUAUUUGAUUUCAUGCCAAAAUAAUUUGUGCCUGAAAAAUGUUUGAACUUUAUAAAACACAGCCUUUCAGUGUCCUUUAGAUUCUCAUAAUGUUUAAUACUUAAUAAAAGUAGUUUAUUUACUUUAUUAAAAAUGCAGUAAUGUUAUGUAAAGGACUGGCCUAAGGCUGGCCUAGCAAAGUAAUAGUUAACAGUUCUGGUAUCCAAAAGGGUUGAGUCAUCUCAGUCUUGUAUUUCUUAUGUACUUCUACUUUGUACAACUUGUAUUAACUAUGCUGCUACAGUACAUCAGAUUAAACAGCUUCAUAAACUCUGCAGAGGAGUAUCUGUUAACAUCACCGUCAUCUUAUUUACUUAUUCUGUGCUCACUUGAAAUGGACUGAUUGUUUGAAGAGUUCAGCGUUUGAGGUGCUUUUCCUUUAUUUCAUGAUGGCCAUUUUGUGUGGAUUUCUUUUUUUAUUGAUUGUCAAAUUGCUGAUGUUGACAUGUAUUAUAAAGUCUAUGGAAUAAUUGGUCAACAAUAAAGCUACUGAUCUGAAGAAUUUUGCUGUAAAAUGUGCUUAAUUUUCUUGCCAAGAGUUUGAUGAGAAGAUUAAUAUCACUCAUGUUUGUAUGCAAAUUAUGAACGUAUGGCCAGUUAGCUUAGCUUAGCAUAGAGACUGAAAAGGGGGAAACAGCUAGCCUGGCUUUUUCUUAAUCUAAAUAAAAUACAUCUACCAGCA